CUCUGGUAUAAAGGCUGUGGCGCUCGCGGGAGAGCUGUCAGAUGAAAUAGAACGCACCGGGUGACAGCAGCAUUAGUAGUGCCGGAUACCCCGAGACUGAUCCCCGCACCUUCCCGCCCGGCUCCGGUUACCUGUCACCCGCUCCGCAGUCUCAUGUGCUCUAGGAUGGAGCAGCCUUUCUAUCACGAUGACUCCAUGUUGUCCCCGUACUCCCGGCCGGACCAGUCCCUGCUGAAGGCGACCCUGGCCUCCCUGAACGACCAGUACCGGGCACAGAAGCCCGAGCUGUCCUACUACACGGAGCAGCCGAGCCUGAAGAUGUCCGCCCCGGAGCUGGAGCGGCUGAUCAUCCACAGCGGGCCCGGGGUGUUGAAUGGCUCAGGCGGGGGGCAGCAGCUCUUCUACCGGGGCGGCACGGAGGAGCAGGAGGGCUUCGUGGACGGCUUCGUGCGGGCGCUGGACGAUCUGCACAAGAUGAACCGGGACGUGGCGCCCCCUAACGUGUCACUGGGCGGAGCGGGCACCGUGUCCCCGGUCACCAACACCGGCCUGUACGGAGGAGGCGGAGACCCGGCCGUGUACACCAACCUGUCCGCCUACAACUGUUACCGCCAGCCGUCCGCCACCAUCAGCUACCUCCCGCCCGCCACCGGCUACGGCCACCCGCCUCCUCAACCCUUCAAAGAGGAGCCGCAGACCGUCCCGGACACCGGCAGCAGCCGCGACAGCACCCCGGCCCCCAUGUCACCCAUCAACAUGGAGGAGCAGGAGAAGAUCAAGGUGGAGCGGAAGCGGCUGCGGAACCGCCUGGCCGCCACCAAGUGCCGCAAGAGGAAGCUGGAGAGGAUCGCCCGCCUGGAGGAGAAGGUGCGGGAGCUGAAGAGCGAGAACAACGGCCUGAGCGGAACCGCGGGGGCCCUGAGGGAGCAGGUGGAGCAGCUGAAGGGCCGGGUGCGGGAGCAUGCCAGGCAUGGGUGCCAGCUACUGCUGGGGGGCAAGGGCCACACCGUCUUCUGAGGGCCCAAGUGUGUGUGUGCACUGCCUCCUACACCAGGGGCCCCAUCUAUAGACUGUGGGGUACCGCCCCCGAGGAUCCGCAACAUCUCAUGGGGGGUAUGAUGACUACAGUGCCCCCGCUAACUGAACUGCAACAUCCUGGGGUAUGAUUACAGCGCCCCUGUUGUCUAUAGACUGAACUGCAACAUCCUGGGGGUAUGAUGACUACAGUGCCCCGCUAACUGAACUGCAACAUCCUGGGGUAUGAUGACUACAGUGCCCCCUCUUGUCUAUAGCCUGAACUGCAACAUCCUGGGGGUAUGAUGACUACAGUGCCCCCGCUAACUGAACUGCAACAUCCUGGGGUAUGAUUACAGCGCCCCUGUUGUCUAUAGACUGAACUGCAACAUCCUGGGGGUAUGAUGACUACAGUGCCCCGCUAACUGAACUGCAACAUCCUGGGGUAUGAUUACAGCGCCCCUGUUGUCUAUAGACUGAACUGCAACAUCCUGGGGGUAUGAUGACUACAGUGCCCCCUACUGUCUAUAGACUGAACUGCAACAUCCUGGGGGUAUGAUGACUACAGUGCCCCCUACUGUCUAUAGACUGAACUGCAACAUCCAGGGGUAUGAUGACUACAGUGCCCCCUACUGUCUAUAGACUGAACUGCAACAUCCAGGGGUAUGAUGACUACAGUGCCCCCUACUGUCUAUAGACUGAACUGCAACAUCCAGGGGUAUGAUUACAGCGCCCCUGUUGUCUAUAGACUGAACUGCAACAUCCAGGGGUAUGAUUACAGCGCCCCUGUUGUCUAUAGACUGAACUGCAACAUCCUGGGGGUAUGAUGACUACAGUGCCCCCUACUGUCUAUAGACUGAACUGCAACAUCCAUGGGGUAUGAUGACUACAGUGCCCCCUACUGUCUAUAGACUGAACUGCAACAUCCAGGGGGUAUGAUGACUUCAGUGCCCCCGCUAACUGAACUGCAACAUCCAGGGGGUAUGAUGUCUACAGUGCCCCCUGCUGUCUGCCCCACCUACCAGACUCGAUCCAAGCACUUGGGGUCCAGUGACAAUGAAGAGAGGUCUGGCUGUCGGACCCCUGUAGACACCCGCUGCUGCACUUAUGGACUUAAUGGGCGACACCUGAGCCCACUGCAGGGGGGGUUUACAUAGACUGUGCUUGAAAUUAGGGGCAAGACACUGGCAUAUCUGCCAACCAUCCAUGGUAUUGCUGCUCUAAAGAAGGACCAUGAUUUGGGAGAGACUCUGCUGCCCUUACUGAGGAACUACAAGUCCCAGCAGGCCUGUAGUGCCACAGUAAUCGGUGGGCCUGGGUCUUGCUGAACCCUCCUGCUGCCAUGGGGGGGGGUUAAUACCAGUACCCGUAUGGCAGUAGAACGGUUAAUCGUAGCCGUGCGGUGACUAAUACCCUCCUGUCAUUAUGAUAAUGUCUUCCUAAUCUGUCCAAAAUGAGGAAGAGGAUGUUGGUCAUGUGACUGGUAUGCAGGGGAGAGGUGAAGUUGGCUCCGCCGGUGGCAUAAGGGACCAUCCUCGCCAGUCAUUCCAUGUAGUGAACGUCAUGCACUGUAAUAGGGAUCGUGGACGUGCGACAAAAAAGUGCAAAUAUAUUGCAUUUCUUCCAGUGUGAGGUUUACAGACCAACGUUGUGACUCCUACCAAUAGGGGGCGCUUGCUGUGCGGAGGCUGCACGGGUCCUGCAGGGCGUGGGGCACCGCACAGCAAGGCCUCAUUUAUAGUGAGGGGAGGGUUUUGGGGGUGGGGGGGCACGGCUGGUACCGGACCCCCACCCCUUCCCUCGCCCCUCUAAGUAUUUAAUGCACAGUAGUUUUAUUUAAGGUACUUUACAGGGUCGUUGUGCCCAGAAAAGUGUCAGAAUCCUAUUUUUAUGUGGAGAAUUGUCUGUUUUUAUACUGCGCUGUCACCAGACCUUUUCUAUUGUCUAUUUUGUGUCUGUAUUUAAGUAAAUUGAUUGUUUACA